AAUUGGAGGAGUUGUUGUUAGGUGGUCCAGGAGAACCGGUCGGGGAGGCAGGAAGGCGGCAAGAUGGUGUUGGAAAGCACUAUGGUUUGCGUGGACAACAGCGAGUAUAUGCGGAACGGGGACUUCCUACCCACCCGGCUACAGGCCCAGCAGGAUGCCGUCAACAUAGUCUGUCACUCCAAGACCCGUAGCAACCCUGAGAACAACGUGGGCCUCAUCACACUGGCCAAUGACUGUGAAGUGCUGACCACACUCACCCCUGACACCGGCCGCAUCCUGUCUAAGCUCCACACUGUCCAACCCAAAGGCAAGAUCACCUUCUGCACUGGCAUCCGCGUGGCCCAUCUGGCCCUGAAGCACCGACAGGGCAAGAAUCACAAGAUGCGAAUCAUUGCCUUUGUGGGAAGCCCCGUGGAGGACAAUGAGAAGGAUCUGGUGAAACUGGCCAAACGCCUCAAGAAGGAGAAAGUAAAUGUUGACAUUAUCAAUUUUGGGGAAGAGGAGGUGAACACAGAAAAGCUGACCGCCUUUGUAAACACACUGAAUGGCAAAGAUGGAACCGGUUCUCAUCUGGUGACAGUGCCUCCUGGGCCCAGCUUGGCUGAUGCCCUCAUCAGUUCUCCAAUUCUGGCUGGGGAAGGCGGUGCCAUGCUGGGUCUUGGUGCCAGUGACUUUGAAUUUGGAGUGGAUCCCAGUGCUGAUCCUGAGCUGGCCUUGGCCCUUCGUGUUUCUAUGGAAGAGCAGCGGCAGCGGCAGGAGGAGGAGGCGCGGCGGGCAGCUGCCGCCUCUGCCGCUGAGGCCGGAAUUGCUACGACUGGGACUGAAGACUCGGACGAUGCCCUGCUGAAGAUGACCAUCAGCCAGCAAGAGUUUGGCCGCACGGGGCUCCCCGACCUAAGUAGUAUGACCGAGGAAGAGCAGAUUGCAUAUGCCAUGCAGAUGUCCCUCCAGGGCGCAGAAUUUGGCCAGGCAGAAUCAGGUGACAUUGAUGCCAGUUCAGCCAUGGACACAUCUGAGCCCGCCAAGGAGGAGGAUGAUUAUGAUGUGAUGCAGGACCCCGAGUUCCUUCAGAGUGUCCUGGAGAACCUUCCAGGUGUGGAUCCCAACAAUGAGGCCAUUCGAAAUGCCAUGGGCUCCCUGGCUUCCCAGGCCACCAAGGAUGGCAAGAAGGACAAGAAGGAGGAGGACAAGAAGUGAGACUGGAGGGAAAAGGGAGCUGAGCCUGUGCAGGGGGCCGAGUAGGGUGGGGUGGGAUAUAGAGUUAGAUGCGUUGUCUGUGACCACUGCAACCUAAAUAAAGCUUGGCAACUCUUUUU